GGUAUUAUUGGGAUUAAGGAAUGCGUUGGACUGCGUGGCGCCGGCUCUCUGAUACAAGCGAAAGCUAGGGUUUUGCAGGAGGAGACCAGGGUUUGAAGGGGAGCCGAUAGUUGACGUUUUUGCAGGAGAGGAAGAAUCAGGGUGUUUUAAUGGCGAAGAUCAAUGCCCCUCUGAGAAACAAUAUGGGCGAUCGCAGGUCUCGAAUCUCGGAUCGCAAGAGGAAAAUGAAGGGGGAUCCAAUCACUGGAAAGCUUAAGCAAACAAAUGCUCCCACUUCAAUUUCAGGAAAGAGAAAGAGAAAGCUCUUCAAGAAGUGGAGAAAAGGACAGAAGGAGGCAUUGCAGAAGGGUCUCGUAACAAUGGAAGGCAUUGAAAUGGCUGUGACCAAUACUGAAGGUGCUUCGCACAAAGCUGAUAAGGUUCCAACCAAGUUUCAGUUGAAGAAGUCUGCGAAACUUAGAUUGAAGAAGCACAAGGGUAAAGGUAAGGGCAUAGUACAAACCUCAGCACCCUUUGUGGAUGCCAUGGCGGAAUGAUUUCCCUGCAAGUUCUCAGAUGUUCCCUCUGAGAUUGGUCAGCCAUUGCUGCAUACAUUAACAAGCCCGGUUAAUGAGGCCUUUAAGGCUGAAGAGCCUUCUUUAUUCCUUUGUGCAUAUUUCAAGAUAUGAAGUCACACUCCAAGAAUGAUUAACAUACUGAACAUCCCAAAUGACAUUUUGAUUGUAGCAAAUGUGGCAUCAUCGACAAAAGCAAAAGCACCCAUGUCUCCUUUUUCCCAUUUUUUCAUUUUUGUUUGAAAGUACGAAGUUUUUUAUUUUUUAUUUUAUGGGCAAUAGCUGGAUGUGGGGCCUGCAUUUGAGAUGAUACCCCAUCAGUAUAUGAUAACACUUGGUAAAGCACUUGAACAUAUAGUGUAGAUCAUC